AGUUUCGGCAUCUGGUUCCUUUCCUUGUCAAGACAAAAACAUGUCUGUUCAACCGCCCCGACGUCAGCUUUCUAGAGAAGAGCAAACGAUUCGAGACUAUUGCAUGGGAGAAGAUGGGCGCCGCAAGGCAGAGAGCACUGUUCUUCUUCAUGUGUCGCACAGCAACCUGAAGAAAACGUUCUUCCAAGAGAUUCGACUAGACCUACACAUGAGAAUCGGUACCGUCAAGCAGAAACUUGAAUUCCAUUGUGGUACAUCCGCCAUAAGUAACAGACUAUUCUUGUACGAUGAACGGGGGCAGGUAAUGUCUGAGUGCGAGGACGACAAGAUGCUUGGUUACUAUUCCCCAUACGACGGCUGCAGGCUGCACAUAGUAGAUGACGAUCCAAACUCUCUAUCGGCUGGUGGAUGGCUGGAAGAUGUUUCAUUGGUCACUAAGUACGAGAUCUCCGAGGAAGCGUACAAUGCCCGCAAGAACACAUAUCGCAAGUUCAAGGAGGAGAAGCUGAAGGAGGACCCGGAGUGGUCGCUCAAGAAAGAGAUCGACGCGCGCAAGGCCAAGGCGGGAAUGGAACCCUCGUCCGACUCGAAGAGCAAGAUUGAAGACGACGAGUACAUGGCGACCGAAGCCUCUGCCAUCAAGGUAGGUGACCGAUGCGAGGUCGCAGGAGGUCGAAGAGGUUGUGUGAAGUACGUCGGGAAGAUCCCCGAGCUACCAAAAGGUUGGUGGGUUGGAGUCCAGUACGAUGAGCCAGUGGGGAAGAACGAUGGAAGUGUCAAGGGUGUGAGCUACUUCGAAUGCCUGGACAAGUACGGAGGGUUUGUAAGGCCAGACCUUGUGCAGGUUGGGGACUUCCCCGAGUUGGAUCCCUUCGCAGACCUGGAAGAUGAAAUUUGAUCUGUAGCAUACGUAGCAUACUGUGACGACAAUGAACUUGCAUCUGGACU